UCGCCGGGAGGGAGGAGACGUGCAUUCAGUCAAUAUUUGCAAGCAUCCCCCGUUAUAAUUAUCCGUCGUUGUGGUGGAAUAACGUUAAACGUUACAUAGACGAUUUCUUUGGUACUUCUCGUUACACUUAACGGGUUUUUUUUGUUGGUGUGGCGCAACGCUGUAAACGCUGAGCUUAGGAUUUGUCACCUGCAUGCAGCGGCUGACUUACUUGUGUCUUGAGGAGAGAGUGGAGCCGCUCGGCUGUAGGCAAAAGAAAACCGGCAGCUGCUAACAAGUGUUAGCAAGUCAGCCAGUUAGCUUGCUACUUAGCCAGCUCUCCCUGCUGUCACAGUAAGUCCCACCCUCACCAAAGUACGUGGACGUCGUAAAGAGGCUGCAGUGGUGAAGUCGAGUGCUUUUUUACCCUCAACUUAGCCAGCAUCGCUCUUCAGCUGGCUGGUGAGCUAAAACGGUUUACUAAACGUUAGCUAGGUGAAGCUAGCGUACAAAUAGUUGGCUUUACGUUGGACAAGUGUCUUCUGUGGAGGGAUACGGUCGCUACACUGGCAAAGAGACUGGCUAAAAAGAAGAGGCGAAAUAAGAGAGAACAAGGAAGACGCCGAGAAGGAGGGGACUGGCUAGUUUAGCCGGGGAGACAGAAUCGCACAUAGAUAGCAAACGCCGCCACCGAGCCACACACAGCCAUGAGUAUUGAGAUACCGGUGGGGUUGACAGAACUGCUGCAAGGCUACACUGUGGAGGUGCUGCGACAAAGGCCGUCAGACCUGGUGGAUUUUGCAGUACAGUACUUCACCCGUUUGCGGGACACCAGAAGCCAAGAUGGGGCCGGUGCCGGUCCCAAGACGGGGAAAGGAGUGAUGUUUGAUGGGGAGCCGAUGCAAACAGAGUCCAAUGGAGAAGAUGAUGACGAUGACGAUUCUGACUUUGAGCCUCCACCACCCAGCAGAUUCAACAGGAGAGUGUCAGUGUGUGCGGAGGCGUUCAACCCAGACGAAGACGACGAUGACACGGAGCCCAGAGUGGUUCACCCAAAAACAGACGAACAGCGCUGCAGACUGCAGGAGGCUUGCCGAGACAUCCUAAUCUUCAAAACACUAGAACAUGAGCAGUUCUCAGAGGUGCUGGACGCCAUGUUUGAGUUACGGGUUCAGCCCCAGGAGCACGUCAUCGACCAGGGAGAUGAUGGAGACAACUUCUACGUCAUAGAGAGGGGUGUGUUUGACAUAUUGGUAUCGGGAAAAUGCGUGGGUCAGUAUAACAAUAAGGGCAGCUUCGGGGAGCUGGCACUCAUGUACAACACGCCACGUGCUGCCACCAUCAGCGCCACCCAGGACGGGGCACUAUGGGGACUGGAUCGUGCCACAUUUCGUAGACUCAUUGUGAAGGCCAAUGCCAAGAAGAGGAGGAUGUACGAGUGUUUCAUCGAGUCUGUGCCCUUACUCAAAUCACUGGAGGCAAAUGAGAGGAUGAAGAUAGUGGAUGUAUUAGGAGCGAAGCAGUUCCCAGACGGUGAGCGCAUCAUUGUACAGGGAGACAAGGCUGACUGCUUCUACAUCGUAGAAUCUGGGGAGGUCAAGAUCAUGAUGAAGAGUAAAACGAAGGCGGACCAUGCAGACAACGCGGAGGUGGAGAUAACACGCUGUAGCAGGGGUCAUUACUUUGGGGAGCUGGCCUUGGUCACUAACAAGCCCCGGGCCGCCUCCGCCUACGCAGUGGGCGUUGUCAAGUGUUUGGUAAUAGAUGUGCAGGCAUUUGAGCGCCUCCUGGGCUCCUGUAAGGAGAUCAUGAAGAGGAACAUCUCCCACUAUGAGGAGCAGCUGGUGGCCCUGUUCGGAUCCAGCAUGGACCUGAGAGACUGAGCCUCCCACACCACCCUCCGUGCCUUCUAUUACACACACACACACACACACACACACACACACACACACACACACACACACACACACACACACACGUGCGCACACACGUGCGCACACAGACAAACAAACAUAUGUCCUCUCUAACAUCAUGCAGUGGUUAUACAGACUCAUAAUAAGCUUUACACAAACCGUGCAAACAGGUGGGAAAUUGUACUUGGCUCACCUGCAGGUACAUAACCCCUCACAGAGUAUAUCACUUGCUCACACACAUACAUGAACACACACACACACACACACACACACACACACACACACACACACACACACACACACACACACACACACACACCUAUGUAGGCACUGAGAGACGGCCACUAUUCUUAGUCUGAUCACCCUUGUGCACAUACUAGCUCAACACACUCCUUGAUAAGCUCACUUAGUUAAUGCACACACACACACACACACACACACACACACACACACACACACACACACAGAGUUAGCUAAAGGCCACACACCUUGUUGCUUGAGCCAGCGUCAACCUCUCAGUAUGAAUGUCUUUGCUGCAGUGACCUUGGUAAAGGACCAGCAGUGUAAGGACAUAAAACACACACACACACAAACACUCCAUAAAUGUUUAAAAAAAGAAAACCCACACACCUCAUGCUUCAUAUGUGCAGGCUUUGCAUUCUCGUGAGCACUUAGACAACUCAAAGUUGUUCCAACAAGCCUCAGCCAAGGACACAUCAACACAAACACACACACACACACACACACACACACACACACACACACACACACACACACACACACACACACACACACACACACACACACACACACACACACACACACACACACACACACACACACACACACACACACACACACACACACACACACACAGGGGUACAGAUACAAAUACUCAAGAACACAUAGACCACCACAUUUGCAAAAACGGACACAUUGUGGUAAAAUGGAGAUGACAAACUUUAAAAAUCUCUGAAAAGGAAAAUGAAUCAAAAAUGCAAAAAAAGAGAGAAAAGUUUAAAGAAUACAUAAGUUUUAGAAACAUUUUAUGAAGAUAAAAAAACAGAAGCUUUGAUAAAAUAUUAUUUAAAUAAAAAAAAGUGUUUCCUCUUUGGGAGGCCGGGGUGCAGAACUUUGUGAGCGCGCUCCAUUUCUUCCUCUACUGUUGUUGAUUGAGUUGAGUUAGUGCUGGUGAUUAUUGCAGUACCACAGAAGAAGCGGUGAAAACGAUAACAACCCUACAUUUCUGGGCCAUUGUUAUUCUAUCAUUGACGCCACACUUCAAUGUAUUGAAUUAAUUAUUAAUGUAUUAUUAUAUAUUCAUUUAUUAUUUUUUGUUUUACUUUGACCAAUUCUGAUAAAAAUUCACCAUUCAUCUCUGACAUAAUGGAAAAAUGGAAAAAAAAAUUCUAAUAAAAAUAUUAGUGCUUAUUUCUCCUUGAUUAUCCUUGAAUGAGUUGUCCUGGAUAAAAAAAAAUGGAAAAAAAUAAAGCAAACAUUU